ACCUGGUAUAUCUUUCGCGCAGCACAAAGGAAAAGGGCAAAAGAUAACAAUCCUACCUAGGUAGCUUUAAGCCUUACCUACGUACUCUGAUUCUACCUUCCUCCGUGACUAAACUAGGCCGAGAUGGCAAAGUUGGACUUCGACCUCGAGCGGGAUGUACCCCAGCUCACGGGGAAGGUCAUCCUGAUUACCGGUGGCACGAAUGGACUUGGUGCUGCUGCUGCUACGAUGCUAGCGAGCCGGAAUCCUGCCAAGAUCUACAUCACUGGGCGUAAUGAGUCCUCCGCCCGGCGUGUCAUCGAUGACAUAAAGUCUAAGGGUUCAAGCACCGAGAUAGUCUGGCUACGCUGCGAUCACACCGAUCUCGCGACCGUCAAGGACGCCGCGGAGGUCAUCUCCGCCAAGGAAUCCCGCCUCGACGUGCUCAUGGCCAACGCCGGCAUCAUGGCGCUCCCGCCCGGUCUUACCAAGGACAGGUAUGAGUUGCACUUCGGGAUCAACCAUGUGGCGCACGCGCUCAUAAUUCGCAAACUGCUACCCUUGCUGCAGAAGACCGUCAAGGAGCACGGCGAAGCGCGCAUCAUCCCUAUCUCUAGUUUGGCCCUCGUCCUAGCUCCCCGGGGAUACGGGAUUGUUUUCGAUGAUCUCAAAACGACGCAGGCGUACUGGAUCCUCGGCAAGUGGCAGCGCUACGCCCAGAGCAAAUUAGCAAACCUGCUUUACGGCCGGGAACUUACUCGCCGGUACCCCGAGAUCCUUACGCUGAUAGUCGACCCAGGUCCGAGCAACACGGGGCUAGUAUCUAGUCUCGGGUUUCUGGAUAAGAUGAUCGUGUACCUAGGGAAUAUAAACAAGUUCCUCGAGGACGAUCAAGGCCACUUGAACCAGGUAUGGGCCGUCGGCGUGCCUAAGGAUCGGGCGAAGCAGGGGGAGUUCUAUGAGCCGGUCGGUAUACCGACUCAGGGUUACACGCACUGGUGUCUAGAUCAGAAGCUGGCGGAGAGGUUGUGGGACUGGACGGAGGAAGAGCUUAAGCCCUGGAUGACAUAGCGUAGGUAGGUAUGUAGAGCAGGUCAUGUAUCCCUUUUUCUUACUGCGACGGCACUGUCCGCGAACCCCAGGAGUUUCAAUUAAACUCGACGCGUUCACGCGUGUGCGCGGCGUCUCUGGUCACUACCGCCACCACCACCACGUUCCACGGCUCUCGAGCCCUGCUCAUGUCGGAUAUCAGACUACGCCGAAUGGUACUUGGGCCGAUGUAUUUAUACUAGCAGCAGGCACCCUUGGUUACACUACAUGCAA